CUCCCGCCCUGCAGGCGGCGCCCUCGCGCGGCGGGCGGGCGGGGCGCCGUGGCGUCACGGCCACGCCAGGUGGGCCGAUGCGGCGGCGAGAGGCGGGCUACGGUGGCCGGCGGGGGUCAGGGGCAGGGCGGGCGCGGAACGGGAUACCGGUACUGGCACCAGGAGCAGGCGUGGGGGCCGCCAUGGAGUACGUGACCGCAGAGCAGCUGGCCGGCUUCAGCAAGUACAAGUACAGUGCCGUGGACAGCAACCCUCUGUCUCUGUAUGUCAUGCAUCCCUUCUGGAACACCAUAGUGAAGAUCUUCCCUACCUGGCUGGCCCCAAAUUUGAUAACGUUUUCUGGCUUCCUGCUGCUUGUCUUCAACUUCUUCCUCAUGGCAUACUUCGACCCUGACUUUUAUGCUUCUGCUCCUGAUCACCAGCAUGUUCCAAAUGGAGUGUGGGUCGUUGUGGGUCUCCUCAACUUCAUUGCCUAUACUCUGGAUGGUGUUGAUGGGAAGCAGGCUCGCCGGACCAACUCCAGCACGCCCCUGGGAGAGCUCUUUGAUCAUGGCCUGGACAGCUGGGCAUGCGUGUACUUCGUUGUGACAGUCUACUCCACCUUUGGACGGGGCUCCACGGGUGUCAGUGUCUUCGUUCUCUACCUCCUCUUAUGGGUGGUUUUGUUUUCAUUUAUCCUCUCCCACUGGGAGAAGUAUAACACAGGGAUUCUCUUCCUGCCUUGGGGAUAUGACAUCAGCCAGGUGACCAUUUCAAUUGUCUACAUAGUGACAGCCAUUGUGGGAGUUGAGGCCUGGUAUGCACCUUUCCUGUUUAAUUUCUUAUAUAGAGACCUAUUCACUGCAAUGAUUAUUGCUUGUGCACUCACUGUGACGCUGCCGAUGAGCCUGUAUAACUUCUACAAGGCCUAUAAAAACAACACCUUGAAGCACCAUUCUGUGUAUGAAAUCAUGCUGCCAUUGGUAUCUCCAGUGUUGCUGUUCUUGCUCUGCACCACAUGGGUCUUCAUGUCCCCGACAGACAUCCUUGAGGUCCAGCCCAGGCUCUUCUACUUCAUGGUUGGAACAGCCUUUGCUAACAUUUCUUGCCAACUGAUCGUCUGUCAGAUGAGCAGCACACGCUGCCAGCCUCUGAACUGGAUGCUGCUGCCCAUAGCGGUGGCACUGCUCGUGGUGGUGUCUGGGUUUGUGCCCAACAGCGAAACACUUCUCCUCUACGUGUUAACUGCUUUUCUCACCCUGGCGCACAUCCACUACGGAGUAGUCGUGGUGAGCCAGCUGAGCAGGCACUUCAAUAUACGGCCCUUCUCUCUAAAGAAGCCCACGCCAGAUUGACUAGGAGUGGAGGAAGAGAAAAUUGGCUUGCGGUCUGCAGAAGUACUGUAAAUAACUGCUGCAAAUACCUGUAAAUACUUCAACCAUCACCACAGAAUCUAAACCUAUCCUCUGGACAGACAUCAGGGCAAAGUAUGCACGGUAUCCGGUGCAGCCAGGGCAGGACUGGUAUGGGGCAGCCCCUGCUGCUGUUUGAAUGUGAGUUUUUGGUUUUGGGUGAAACUGGAUGAGGAGGGCAUUUAUUUCAGGUCACUGUUACUGUAUAUUAGACCAGCUGAAUGUUCCCAGUGAAACCUCAAACUCCAGCUCUUGCCCAAGUAAAGCCAUUUGGGGGUGCAAAUGGCUUUACCUGAGCAAAGAGUCUUGACCUGUCACCGUAACCAACAUAACAGUUGAUUUCUACAAGGUCAGGGAACAUCCUGGAGGUCAGGGGCAUUCCUGUCUGUCCCUAAUCCUGCCUGGCAGCCCUUGUCCUGCACUGGUACUUAGGGAGCAGAUGUUUGACUGCUCCCCCACAUUCUGUCCUGUCUUCCUGCAUUCACCUGUUUGGGCAGAUACUUACACCUGUUUGGUUUUUGUUUUUAAGAGGGGAAAAAAAGAACUACACACAAAACUUUUAGUAACAUUCUGCUUGGAGGGCUUAGAAAGUCAGGGCUUGAUUUCCUGCAAAGGUGGGAAGGUGGCUCCUGCCUCCCCUGCUCGAGCUGUGGCUAGCCUGGGACUGCAUCUCGACCGUGUUUCUGUGUGUCCAGGUGUGUUCCCCACCUGGGAACGGAGUCUGGGCUCCAACUGGCAGCUGCAAGUGGCUUACACCAGCCUAACACAGAGCUCAUCUCCCCCUUCUGCCUCCCAGUAAGAACUUGGUGUUUCGGGCUGGCUCUGCGGGACAGCUGCAUGCUGCUGGGCCUGCACCUCUCGCAGCACAUCACCCUACCCACCAGCCUUCCAGUGGCCCCAAAUCCACUGCUUAACGAAGCACCUUAACUGCAGCAUCGUGUUGGUCAAGUGUGCACUUUCAGGGAGCUCACAGGUGCGUGUGUGUGGUGGGAUCCUUUCCAAAUACAGCUUUAUUUUCCAAACCGUUAUCCCCAGCGGCUGCAUGUCUCAUCCAGGGAUAAUUUGUUUACUGUCCAUUUGUAAAAGACAUGUUUGCAUUGAUUUAUUUUUUUAAAUUUGGGGUUUUUUUUCUUUGUGAUUGAGUUAAGAGUGGGGUGGUGAAGAUUGAAUGCUGAUUUUCUUUUCUGUUCACUUUAUUUAAUGAAGACCUGUGCUUGAAUGAAGAGUGUAGCUUAAACCCAGGCUCUGGAAAGGCUGCAUCCGGAAGUGAACAAGCACAACAGAUUGUGCAUAUGUAAUUUACCAUGGGAACAAAGUCGCUUAUACACUGAUUAUAGUGCAACGUGGCUCCUAGCAGCUUGGUCACGGCGUUUUCCUUCUGCAGGUGUUGACUCCUCCUGCUUUAGGAAACCUGUAACUAUUAUUUAAUGCUUUUUCUUUGGUAAAUUUGACUCAUCAUUGUGCAGGCUGAGACUUGAAAUCCUGAGGUGAGCUCACACGUUCCUCAUGUGCAUGUGGGCUGCUUGGUUGCUUGCUAUGUAUCCUGCGAGGAGCAAGCUGGUGCGACAUGGGAACGUCUGUGUGCUUAUGUGUCUGUCUGGCUGCGGCGUGUCUGGGAAGGGUGGCUGAGCUGGGAGAGGGGCAGAUGGUUUUCAGAGGUUAUUUAAUAAAGCAGCUUACUCCUAUAUAUUUUACUGAUGUUGUACAGGAAAAAAAAUACCUUAAGCAUACAAAUGAAUGGGGCUGCGCUUGAGUUUUUGGCUCUUGCUAUUUAAAGAAAUGUGGUUAUGAAGGGAGAUAAAUUUAAGUCAUGCUCGCACAAUAAUUACAGGGAAUCUUAAAAUAGGGCACAGUGUUGAUCUGCGGGGUAUCUUCAGGUAGCAAAACUGUGCCGGCGGCACUGACAAAAAGUGGAGGUUGGAUGAUUUGCUUCCUAGUUAUGUGUUUGCAGGACCAGGGAGUAAUUGGGCUGUUCCCUCAGGCUUUCAGGUGGGCUCUGGGUCCCCAUCCUGGAGCUGGUGUUGUCCUGUCUCCUUCCACCAGCAGUGCUGGGCCCAUAGGACUGGGCCAUGACUGAUGCUAUGAGAGGUUGUAUGAUCUUAAAUCUUAGGAUGUCACUUUGCCCCCCAACACACUUGUCUGUCUAUUGUCCUACUGACCUGUGAGCUGCUGCCCUUUUGCAGCAUGUAAUAUACCCUGGAAAACCCCUUUGUGGAGGCACAAACGUGGAAACAGGGCUUCCUCUUUAAAGUCCUGCAAAUACUUGUGCUGUAAGAGAAACACCUGUUAAAAACUGGAACUGCUUCCUAUCUGCACCACCUUUAUCGUUGGAGAGUCCUGGAUUAUUGGUGCCUUAAUUUAUUGCACCUUGGAACUAGAAAAACUGUCUGCUUCAGUCAGUGCUGGAAAGCGGGCUGGCUUGCCUCUAGUGCUACCAGGCUUGUGGCAGAGUGAGGAGAGCUCAGACCUGAUCUCAGUGCACGUAUGACUCUUCCCAGCUCCUGCCGCUGCAAAGCUGGGGGGCUCUGUUUGGGCUAUUGGAAUUGAAGUGAUUCUGCUCCCAGAUUCUGGUAGGGGAAUGGAAGCAAACAGAUUGAUCAAACCAUCUUGCCAUGGUGGGGUGUGGCAUGCUGAGAAACAAACUAUUCAUGAAUCAGAAUGGUUUUAAGUCUUAAGAAUAAAUGUAUUCCUUGCUGAGAGCA